CGCCAGUGUCUGCACACCAGGCUUACUGCCAGCUAUCGAGCUCACCUGGCGACUGGGCAAGAGUAUGUUGAUCGUCUUACCGACCUUGCCAGGGGUCCGAAGGACGCUCACACAGAAGAGGAGUGGUGGGUCGAGAGGAUGGAGGCGGCAAGAGAAUGGAAGGAAUGGGAGGUAAUAGAGGCCGCCAGAUGGGGCAGGAGAACCAAGGUGGGCUUGACAGUCGAGGAGGAGAAAAUGACGAGAUGGUUCUUUAAGGAGCUAGGGAAAAAGCAGGGAAUAGCCAUCAUGACAGCCAUGGAUCACCCUUACGAUCAGCAAGUGCCGAGGCAAGAAUCUACUGCGGAAAUCCUCAAGUGUGUCACUGACUUCUACGCACACUUAUUUACAGAGGAAGAGGAAUGGUCCCCGGAAGACAUGGCCACAGCUCCGCAGGAGCACAUCUGGAGGCACAUCCCCGACGGCCUACCCCGGGAGCGAGCCAUGGCCUUGGAAGCGGAUCUUAUAGGGGAGGAAGUGGCUAGAGCGAUUGCUGAGCUCCCCAGUCUUAAGGCCCCAGGGGUGGAUGGCAUCCCGAUUGAGAUGUACAAAGCACCUAAAACUCUAUUCGUGCCUGUCCUGACCAGAGCCUAUAACGAUGCGUUGAAGUCUGACGCUCUCCCCGCUAGAUUUGCGGACGCCUAUGUUGAAGCCCUCCAUGAUUUCUUGAGAGGCAACAGCGAACUUCGGGGGCUGCAGAUAGACCGGGAACUUAAAUCGACGGCGUUUGCUGACGACACAGGGGCCAUCAUUCCGCCAACAGUGGAACAACUUCGGCGGCUGCAAGCUAGCCUGGACCUACGAGGGGGGGACGCAGCAGAUGGAGGGAUUGGCAGCGGCGSCCAUCUUGCGUACACGGCGAUGGGCCAAACGCGCCCACCUUGGAGUCUUUGGCAAGGCCCUAGUGCUCAAGAACUCGGUCCUGUCCACCAUGUGGUACGCGGGGGCGAUACAUAUGCCAAGACCACGGGUUUUCAGACAAUUGCGGACGACCAUUCACCGGUACUUGUGGGCGGGAGAUGUGGACGCGGAGUCAGCCAUUCCCAGGGUGGCGUGGGAAAAAUYGAUCCAACCCAGAAGGGAGGGGGGUCUGGCUAUUCUGGACCCGGAACUGCAGAUUACUGCACUUCAGCUGAGAAGUCUGGUAUGGACCCUGUUGGGUGUCGCGGGCUCCACCUGGGAAGGCCUCACCAUGCAGCAUCUGGCGGCAGUCAUGGAGAUCACAGAGCAGUUGGUCCUUGUUGCCCUGGUCAGCAGCUCACUGAUCGGACAUGUCAAGAGGCACUGGGUUUGGUCCACCUCCAUUGGUUUGUGGAAACGUAUGCGGUUGGAGCAGAAGAUGCCGGCCUCUGCGGAUGAGGUUUUUAAUCAACUUCUAUUCGAUAA